UGGAGAGUAUUGUUAAAUAAGCUGUGUUUGUGCAAGGAAUAUGUCAGAGAGCUCUGCCAAACAAGUCUUUUAGAGGUGUGCACAACUUGGACAGGUCAUGCAUCAACUUAGAGGGCAGCAACACGAGAAAGACUCUUCUCUCGCAGACAGACUCUUAAAAGCAUGGAAAAAAUAGGUCAAAUAAUAAUGAGCAUUGGCAUCAAGCUCCUAAUAUUGUGAACCAUGCAGAAGAUAACUGUCCCUACACAAGUAUUUACUGCAUUGAUUGUAGCUCAGAUUUUGAUGCUGCUAGUUCUAUACAAUACUUCAAAAAACAACUCAAUCUUACCAACAGGCAAACCCGAAAAAACUCAUAUCCUAAUUCUCUCCUCAUGGAGAUCUGGAUCUUCAUUUGUUGGGCAAAUAUUCAGUCAACAUCCAGAUACUUUCUACCUAAUGGAACCUGCCUGGCAUGUUUGGCGGUCUCUGAAGGAAAGCAAUGCCAAGGUCCUACAUAUGGCAUCUCGAGACUUAAUACGUUCAGUUUUCCAGUGUGACAUGUCAGUUUUUGAUUCUUAUUUGCCUGAAAAAAAGACAAUUUCAAAUUUGUUUAAGUGGGCCAUGAGCAGGGCUCUUUGUUCACCACCUGCUUGUGAAUUAUUUAAACGUACAGAUAUUAUCACAGAAAAGGCUUGCAAAACAGUCUGCAGAAAUGGUGACUUCAGCAAAGCAGAGCAGGCCUGCCAAACCUAUAGUCAUGUUGUCAUAAAGGAGGUGCGUUUUUUUAACUGGCGAGUACUCUAUUCUCUUUUAACUGAUCCCUUCCUAAAUGUUAAAAUUAUCCACCUUAUCCGUGACCCUCGGGCGGUUUUCUGCUCCAGAAAUGAAUCCACAGAUUACCUCUCAUUUGAUUCUAGCAUUAUAUUAAACAAGCCAAAAAAACUGGAUCAUAACACUGAAUAUAAGGUAAUGAAGGAGGUCUGCAAGAGCCAUGAGGAGAUUUAUCAAGCUGCACAUCAAAUGGCCCCCAAAUUUAUGAAGGAUCACUACAUGAUGAUACGCUAUGAAGACUUAAGUAGAGACCCAUUAAGCAAAGUAAAGGAGAUGUAUUCAUUUGCAAAUCUAGAUUUGACUCCAAAACUUGAAGCUUGGAUAUACAACAGUACUCAUGGCAAUAGGCAUAGUCAUGGAGGGUUUCAGACAACUGCCCGUGAUGCACUAAAUGUCUCUCAGGCCUGGAGGAAUAACCUUCCAUUCCAAGUUGUCAGUAAAGUUCAGGAUCUCUGUCAAAAAUCGAUGGCCCUGCUUGGAUAUAAACUAGUACAUUCGGCUAAAGAACAGAAGCUACUCUCAAUGGAUCUCUUGUUACCCUGAAGAACUCCUUACACUAAAGCUAAUUUAUGGUGAUUACUAUAUUAAAAUACAUUUCUCCAAAAUACAUGCAUACUUAAAUGUUUCAUAAUACAUGAACAGUCUUGAAUAUUUAUGUUGUACAUUUUUAAUUAAAAAAU